UUUUCAGCUCCUCCAUUGCUUCUCUCUCAAAAGACAAAAAGACAAAAAAACGAUGAGCAGAUCAGGUCAGCCUCCAGAUCUCAAAAAGUAUAUGGACAAGCAGCUUCAAAUCAAGUUGAAUGUCAACCGCCAAGUUGUGGGGACUCUUCGUGGGUUCGAUCAGUUCAUGAAUUUGGUUAUCGACAAUACUGUUGAGGUCAAUGGAAACGAUAAGAAUGAGAUUGGCAUGGUAGUAAUUCGGGGUAAUAGCGUGGUGACAAUUGAAGCUCUGGAACCGGUUGCAAUGAAAAAUCAUCGAUAUCUCUGUUCAGCAAAAAAAAAUUUUAAAAAUUAG